AUAUCGGAACUAUAAACCUCUUCAUCUUUUCUCCUACAUACACUGCAAGAUACCCCUUUGGAAUUUCUCCACCCUUUGAAGCUGCUUGUGUUGCUUUUCUAAUACCAGUUCAAAGCCAAAACUUUGGCUUUCAGCAUAGCAAGUUUCUAAAUUGAGCAAAUUCUUACAAAGAUGAGCACUUCACAGGGUGUUAUUACCUGUAAAGCUGCAGUGUGCUGGGGAUUAGGAAUGACACUAAAGCUUGAAGAGAUUCAAGUUGAUCCGCCGAAAUCAGGCGAAGUUCGAGUUAAGAUGCUUUGUGCUAGCAUCUGCCACACUGAUGUUUCAGGCAUUCAAGGAUCUCCAUAUGUUAAUGGUUUCCCUCUAGUACCUGGACAUGAAGGAGUUGGUGUUGUAGAGACAGUUGGAGAUGAAGUGAAAAAUCUUAAAGAAGGGGAUAUGGUGAUCCCAACAUAUAUAGGAGAGUGUGGACAUUGCCGGAAUUGUGUUUCUGGAAAGACCAACCUUUGCCUGACAUAUCCUUUCAGAAUUACUGGCUUCAUGCCAGAUAACACUUCUAGAAUGUCCUGCAGAGGCAAGAAGUUAAAACACACUUGGACUUGCGCCACGUGGUCCGAGUACACGGUUGUCAAUGCCAAUUACCUUCUCAAGGUUGAUCCAGGCAUCAAUCUAGCCCAUGCUAGCUUCAUCUCAUGUGGGUUUUCAACUGGCUAUGGAGCUGCAUGGAAGGAAGCCCAAGUUGAAAGUGGAUCAAGUGUUGCUGUUUUUGGUCUUGGUGCUGUAGGAUUAGGGGCUAUAAGCGGAGCGAAAAUGCUGGGGGCUACUAAGAUAAUAGGGAUUGACACAAAUGAGAUGAAGAGAGAAAAAGGGAAAGCUUUUGGAAUGACUGAUUUUAUAAAUCCUCAAGAUUCUGAUAAACCUCCAUCAGAAUUGGUGAAGGAACUGAGUGAUGGAUUUGGUGUGGAUUAUUCUUUUGAGUGCACUGGAGUUCCAUCUUUGAUUAGUGAAUCCUUAGCAGCCACAAAGAUGGGAACCGGUAAAGCAAUAUCUAUUGGCGCGCCAAAUGAACCUAUUGUGCCUUUCAAUCAUACAACAAUUCUGGCUGGCAGAACUCUGAAGGGUUCUGUUUUUGGAGGUCUAAAAACCAUGUCAGACCUUUCAAUUGUAGCUGACAAAUGCCAAAAGGAGGAGUUCCCUCUUCAGGAGCUAUUCACCCAUGAGGUCCCAUUGACAGAUAUAAGCAAAGCAUUUGAUCUACUCAAAGAGCCAAAUUGUGUCAAAGUUGUCAUCAAGAUAUGAUUUUCUAACAAUUGAUGGAUGUAAAAUUCAAAUUAUGCAGCUUCAGAUAGUUUUAUAGGAGAAUAUUCUGCUUUAAAAAUCACAGAAGUUGCAGUCCAACAACUGUUCUGUGUGAAUAUGAAUAAAGAAUUGUUUGAUGCAUGUGUGUAUAAGUUGGCAGUUAUUUUACUUCACCAUUGUAAUGCAAAAUCAAACAAAUUUGUGAUAUGCAAUGUAACUUUUUAUUCAAGUGCAAAUGUUUUAAUAAGAAGUAAGGUGUUCAGCUCCUACUUUGAAAUUUA